GUAAUUUAGAUGAGUAUAACAGUUAUAGUGAUUUUGUAAAAGAAAAAAAUGCUGUAUAUUAGUGAAAGUACUUGAUUCGUAUGUAAAUAUUUAGAGGAUAACAAAAUAAGCAUAAAAACCAAUGGAUAGUUUCUCUCUCUGACCAUGGGAAAGCCACCAAAAACGACCGAAAAAGAUGCUGGAGAGAAAGACUUUGAAACAGAUUUAUCAUCGUGCUCUAAGGAGUAUCCUUCCAUACCUGACGGUACUGAAUUAGGAAAUCAGGCUGAUGAUCAAUCGAUUUUGGAGAAGACUCUUUCUGUGGAGAUCAGAUAUGAUGAAGUGCAUAGGAAAAGCUUUGCUGAGGUGGUUAGAAUUCAGGAGGAUUUUAGAUUUGACCUAACAUAUGUUCCAGUGGAAGAAAUUGAGGGGGGACAUGUUGUUUGCCUUUUUGAGGAAGAUGUGAUUUACCCAAUUAGGUUUGGGAAAGUGGAAGACGGGGAUGAAGCGAUUAAGAGAUCGUACUACUUUAUGGACAAUAAACCUGUAUACGUGGAGAAAUGGUAUCGUGGUUGUAGGAUGAAUAUUCAUGAACGUAAGGAUAUACCUGUAUUGGUGCAGUUUCCUAAACUGGAGAUGAAGUAUUUGAGUCUCUUAGGGUUAAUGGAUUUAUUGUCCGUCAAAUUGGUGCUUUCAUUGAGAGUUCGAGAAUCAUACUCAAAGGUAAUCCUCCACAAAGACGAUGGUGCAAACACGCAGCAACGCCAACGCAGGUAUUGGAGCUCCCCACCAGGGAGAAAACAUCGCCACUGGAGGCUGGCACCCCCCAUCACCACGGGGGAGGUAGAGGCCCUCAUCCAGAGGGUCGGAAUCACAGCUGAGCAGUUCAAGGAGGUGCUGGCAGCCCUUACGCCCAAUCGCGAGGUUGUGGGGGAAGAUGUGGCUGGGGGCCCGCAGGCGGGAAGGCUGGACCUACGGGCUCUCAAGGGAAAAAGAAGAAAAUUGGACGAGGAAGAUGAAUCGUCCUCUUUCGAGCGAAUGUCUGCUUUUGAUCGCUUGGGAGACCCCAAGUCAAAGAAGCCCCGGACCUCUGCGUUCGAACGGUUGCAGGACACUCGGUCGGCCCGUAGAGGCGACCUGAGGGAUACACUCAAGGAGAAAAGAGGAGAAUCCACAGCGACCUCCAAGAUCGGCUCAAAGGAGCGACGAAAGGCGGUCGAGGAUAAGGAAGCAGCCGAGCUAUGGAAAAUAAGGAUAAUGUCCUGCCCUCUCCCGGACAACUUCAAAAUCCCACAAAUCAAAGCGUACAAUGGGACGGCCGAUCCCCAGGACCAUCUUGCUCGUUUCGGAGCGAACGUGGUCAUGUAUGCAUAUCCAGAAGAAAUCAAGUGUCGAUGCUUCCUGGCGACACUGGAAGGGCAGGCUUGUGAGUGGUUCCAAAAGUUGCCCAAGGGAUCGAUAGACAGGUGGAACGACCUGGCCCACAAGUUCUUGGAGCACUUCGCGUCCAGCCGAAGACAAAAGCUCCCCUUCUCGCAUUUGCUCAAUGUAAAGAUUCGGAAGGGCGAGCAGCUCCGGGAAUUCAUUAAUAGGUGGGAGAAGGAGGCCAGGGACGUCCAAGGGGCGGGCGACCAAGCCUUGAUCGCCAUGCUCCAACCUGCACUCCCCCAAGGGGAUGUGCGCAAGGAGCUGUAACACCCUAAUCUGUCCAGGUCUACAGCCCCUUUCAAAUUAAAGUAUUAACUUGGUAAUCGUAAAAAUUUAAAACAUUUCAAACACUUUUAUUUAUCACAAUAAUAUUUUUCAUAAUAUAAACAGUACGGAGUUUUCAAUAUUGCGGAAGCUUAACAAUCAUAAUCACAAACAUAAUUUAUUUAUGUUCUUUAAUUCAAAACCAUCACAUCCAUUCCGACAAUCUCACCUCCGUCUGCCUCCAGGAUCACGUCACUUCAUUAACCUGCGUGUAGCAAAUAAAACAUACUACACGCU